AUGGGGUGGGGUUGUAGUGGCUCUCUAGGUUUAGUAAUCCUGGUGAUUCUGAAGUUAUGUCUCGGGCAAGCAGACCUUUGGAAAGCUGACACUGAAGCCAUCCAGUAUCGGUAUAACUGUGGAGUCCAUGGUUUGCAAUUGCUUGUGUUCUCCAGUCAUGGCCAAGAGGUCCAACUUAAAGUUUUGGAUGAAUCCGGGAGAAUCUUUGAAGUUUCCAACUGUUCUAGCUGUGAUCACUGGAUCACGUCACAUAAUAGGACUGUUGCCUUCUCUGUUGGCUAUGGUGGCUGCCAUGUAAUAAAGAAGGAUGGCACACAUCAUUUGAAGGUCCGUUUAGAGGAACUAACAAGGAACCGAAGAGUCUUUGCUGCUCAUGACAUCAACAUGAUCUGCCCCAAGCCACAGGAGCAAGUCACAACCCCAAAGAACAACAUGUACCAUGUGAAAGAGCCUCAACCUGCUCUAGUGCACACAGGAGGGUCCGAUUUAGGCCAGGUGCACCAUGGGCAGUCCCAGCCUAGUGGUUUUCUCCCACUACAGCCCAGUCAGGUGCACCUGGGGGAGUCCCAGGUUGGCCUAGUGCAUCCAGGGCAAUCCCAGACCAGUCAACGUCUCCCACUUAUGCCUGGCCAAGUACACCCACUCCAACCUGGUUUAUUGCAACCAGGUGCAUCCCAAACAGGCCUGGUGCGCCCAGUCCAGCCUGGAGAGGUGCACCCAGUCCAGCCUGGAGAGGUGCGCCCAGGAGAGUCCCAGCCCGGCCUCGUGCGUCCCAUCCAGCCAGGACAGGUGCGCCCAGGAGAGUCCCAGCCCGGCCUUGUGCGUCCCAUCCAGCCAGGACAGGGGCGCCCAGGAGAGUCGCAGCCUGGUCUUGUGCGUCCCAUCCAGCCAGGACAGCUGCGCCCAGGAGAGUCCCAGCCCGGCCUCAUGCGCCCAAUUCAGCCAGGACAGGUGCACCCAGGAGAGUUCCAGCCCGGCCUGCGUCCCAUGCAGCCAGGACAGGUGCGCCCAGGAGAGUCCCAGCCCGGCCUCGUGCGUCCCAUCCAGCCAGGACAGCCAGGACAGGUGCGCCCAGGAGAGUCCCAGCCCGGCAUCAUUAGCCCCAUCCAGCCAGGACAGGUGCACCCAGGAGAGUCCCAACCUGGCCUCGUGCGUCCCAUCCAGCCAGGACAGGGGCGUCCAGGAGAGUCCCAACCCGGCCUCAUGCAUCCCAUCCAACCAGGACAGGUGCGCCCACUCCAGCCUGGCGUAGUGCAUCCAGGUCUGUUACAACCUGGCUUAGUGCAUCCAGGGCAGUUCCAGCCAAGCCUGGUGUAUCCACAUGAGUCCCAACCUGGCCAGCUUUUUCCACGCCAGCCUGACCUUGUUCACCCAUUUCAGCCAGGCUAUGUUCAUCCAGGGGAGUCCUUUCCUGGGCCUGUGCAUCCAAUGGUCAUCCAAUCUAGUCUAGGUCGCCCUCUAACUCAGCAGCAAUGCCAGGUUUCUUCUGGGAGAAUACCCUGUGCAGAUGUACAAGGACCAACAGCUUGUCAUCAGACUGGAUGUUGUUAUGAUGCUAUGGAUCAGGCGACUCCAUGCUACUAUGGCAACACAGUCACUGUUCAGUGCCUUCGAGAUGGCUACUUCAUCUUGGUAAUCUCCAGGGAUAUGUUGGAUUAUCCAAUCAUCCUGGAGAGUGUUAAGCUCUCCUAUGCCCAAGCAGGNCCCAUCCAGCCAGGACAGGUGCGCCCAGGAGAGUCCCAACCCGGCCUCCUGCGUCCCAUGCAGCCAGGACAGGUGCGCCCAGGAGAGUCCCAGCCCGGCAUCAUUAGCCCCAUCCAGCCAGGACAGGUGCACCCAGGAGAGUCCCAACCUGGCCUCGUGCGUCCCAUCCAGCCAGGACAGGGGCGCCCACUCCAGCCUGGCGUAGUGCAUCCAGGUCUGUUACAACCUGGCUUAGUGCAUCCAGGGCAGUUCCAGCCAAGUCUGGUGUAUCCACAUGAGUCCCAACCUGGCCAGCUUUUUCCACGCCAGCCUGACCUUGUUCACCCACUUCAGCCAGGCUAUGUUCAUCCAGGGGAGUCCUUUCCUGGGCCUGUGCAUCCAAUGGUCAUCCAAUCUAGUCUAGGUCGCCCUCUAACUCAGCAGCAAUGCCAGGUUUCUUCUGGGAGAAUACCCUGUGCAGAUGUACAAGGACCAACAGCUUGUCAUCAGACUGGAUGUUGUUAUGAUGCUAUGGAUCAGGCGACUCCAUGCUACUAUGGCAACACAGUCACUGUUCAGUGCCUUCGAGAUGGCUACUUCAUCUUGGUAAUCUCCAGGGAUAUGUUGGAUUAUCCAAUCAUCCUGGAGAGUGUUAAGGUCUCCUAUGCCCAAGCAGGUUGUGGUCCAGUCAGGAAAACAGAAUCUUUCCUGGUCUUCCGCUUUUCCCUCACACAGUGUGGCACAACAAUUCAGGUGACUGGUGGCAAACUGAUAUACGAAAACCAGCUCGUUUCUGGCCUUGACAUCCUAAGAGGGCCAGAUGGCAAUAUUACACGAGAUAGUACCUUCAUGCUUCAUGCUCGUUGUAUCUACAAUGCUACUGAUUUCCUGCCACUUCAGGUUGAAGUGUUUUCACCUCCCAGCCCAGCUCCAAUUUCCCAAGUAGGACCCCUCCGGCUUGAGCUACGCAUUGCCACAGAUUCGAGCUAUACCUCAUACUACUCAGAUACACAGUAUCCUAUUGUGAAGAUCCUGAGAGAACCUGUGCAUGUGGAGAUUCGCAUCCUACAGAGACUGGACCCAUCCCUAGUUCUGGUUCUCCAUGAGUGCUGGGCUACUCCAAGUUCAAAUCCGCUUGAGCAAUUACAGUGGCCAGUGCUAGUAGAUGGGUGCCCGAUUGAAGGGGACAACUACAGAACCCAGCUAGUACCCAUGGGACCUGCUACGUCAGAGCUUCGCUUUCCUAACCAUUACCAGCGUUUCAUCAUUUACACAUUCACAUUUGUGGAUUCUGCCCCUCAAGUGGUGCUAGAUGGCUGGGUGUACCUUUUCUGCAGCGUAUCUGUUUGCCAUCCCUCUGAUCAUGAUUCCUGCAGGGUUGAGUGUCAAAUGCCAGUGGCUUCAAGAGGCCGUCGAUUUUUUAAGGAGGAGAAUGAGACAGAAUCCUUGGACUUAGUAAGCACUUAUGGAGCUGUAAUUUUUCAAGAAAGUAUUCAUGAGAAACAAGUCAAGUGGGAGAGUGAUGUGAUCUCCAGUGAAGACCUGACUCUGGUGCUUUUGUUGGUACUACCUAUCAUUGGGAUUAUCCUAUUUAUUGCUGUGCUAGUGCUCUGGAAGAAAAAAAGUAUGAUGACAAAGCUCUAA